AUGAUCGCUGUCCCUACGGGCCAUGGUGGGCUGGUUUGCGGCACCCAAAGGGUCGAUUCCACUCGUCUACUUUUGGCGUCUGUCACCAACUUCAUCUCCAUUAACACUAUUUUGCCUGUGCAUUCGCCCCGGAAAUGGGUUCAAAUGGUACCUUAUGAACGAUUUGUGGCCGUUACCUCACGAAUGCCUACCCUUGGAGGCAGAGGGUUUCAGCACAUUUCUUCGCCAUGUAGAUGGUCUGCUCCACCAAAAGCUCGAGCUGACGAAAGUUCACCUCACCGCAAGUGCCGCAUCUGCCUCGUAGCACCAUUUCGGUGA